UUUUACGAAACUCGCAUCCAUAUUUCCCUCUUACGUGCUGGCACGUCUUGGCUCUUACACGCAGCUCCUUAUCCUGACCUGCCCGAUACAAGUUCCCCCCAGCCUUUAGCUGCUUGUACUUUGAACGCUUAUACGUUCAUCUUUCUCGCAGCCUGCAAGAAAACCUCACGCUAUCUGGAACAGCUCCCAUCGCAAACCCGGACCCUUUUUUCUAGAACAAGAUGAGGACUACCUUUGCCUUCGCCAGCCUGCUGGCCGUUUCUUCUACUGUUCUUGCGUUCGGCCCUUACAACAAUACGGGAUCUAUUGGCCAUCAUGGCAACAGCACAGGGCCCAUUGGCCAGAACGCCACCUGCGAUGACAUUAUAGAGAGGGAAUACAUUGUCAUGCUCAACAAGACUGACAACGAUGAUGGUCACACCGUGGCUAUGCUUAAAGCAAUGGCCAAGACUGACAAGGACGAGGACAUACUGUGGAUUCAUGAGAACAAACACAUAGCUGUCAUGGGCAUCAACACUACUGAGUGCACCGUUGACAUCUGGAACGCCAGGGAGGAGGUCGCAUUCGUUGAGGAGAAGUUGAUGGUUCAAUCCUUUGUAUCCCAAAAGACUGGCACUCCAUGGGGCCUGCAGGACAUCUCCAACGCAGCUGGUGCAUCUGGAUCUCCUGAGAGCCAAGACUUCACGUACACCUUCGAGGACCAGUCUCUCGGUGCUGGCGUUGACAUUUACGUUGUCGACACAGGUGUGCGAACCUCUCACGCUGUGUUUACGGGCCGCGCUACGCAGGGUUUCUCGGCUACUGGGGCCUCCACCGACGGCGAUGGUCAUGGUACGCACUGUGCUGGUAGUGCCGGAGGUGCUAAGUUUGGAGUUGCCCAGGGCGCGAACAUCAUUGCUGUCAAGGUGCUUGGCGAUGAUGGAUCUGGCUCGUCUUCUGAUACUAUAUCUGGUAUGGAUUGGGUCAUGACGAACCACGAGAAGCGCAAAACCGAGCCUGGAUUCGUCGGAUCCAUCAUGAGCAUGUCAUGGGGUCUCCAGGGCACCGCCAGGUCCGUCAACGAGGUUAUUCAGGCUGCUAGCAAGGCAGGUAUUCACGUCUCAGUCGCCGCUGGCAACGAUGGCGCUGAUGCAUGUGGCUCGACGCCCGCCCAGCUUGGUGGAAGCAACUCCAACGUCGUCACUGUCGGUUCCAUCGAUAUCAACAACAAGGUGUCUUCGUUCUCCAACAUUGGCACAUGCGUCGACAUCUAUGCUCCUGGCGAACAGAUCCUGAGCGCCUGGAACACCGGCGACAACGUCAUCAACUUCUUAUCUGGAACUUCCAUGGCCUGCCCCCAUACUACUGGCGUAAUGGCCUACCUCAUGGCUGAGGACGUUGCAGGUCUUGGUCAGAACCCCGCUGCGCUCAAGGCCAAGCUCCUCGCGACCGCUCGCCAGGACAAGAUCACCGGCAGCACUGGUGGAAGCGCCAACCUACUCCUCAGCAACGGUGUCGACGGUGGUGUCGCCAAACGACUGGUCAAGAACUACGUUGUUCCAGACCACAAGCGCACAACUGGCAGCCCCGCCGCCCGCGCCGCCAACAGCGUUAAGGUGGAGAAGAAGUGGGAGCUUCACUCCCUGACCUCGUUACUCAGGUUCUAGACGGCUGUGUUACUUUGCAUAGAAGAGCG